AUGCCCAUUGACCUAAAUCUCUGGAAGUGGCUGAUUGAUCCUUUGUCAAUACAUUCCAACUCUGUGACAGAAAUGCUGACUAAAUUUGGCUCAGACGAGCACACCUACGACUAUAUCGAUUCCAGUGCCUUCAGUAAUUAUGCAUACGAGGGUCAUUCUAGUAUCCAGAAGAACAGAGAGGUAUUCGAACCCACCCCUCCAAAAAGAUCAUCUGUUUCUAUCAGUCGUCAGAAUCGAUGUUUGUUUGUGUCUGUCAUCGUUGGUGUCAUUAUAGUUAUCAUCACUGUUGUCGUCGUUAUUGUCGUCAAAAAAAAAAAUGAAAGUAAACCCCAGGCACCAAUGGAAUUUGAGGCCACCAUGACCCUAGUAACUCCAUGGCAACCAGAGUACGAUGACCCCGACAGUGAGAUUUAUCAGAGAUUUACAUCUGCCCUCCUGGCCCAAAAAGAGUCUUUUACAUUAAUUGAGCAUAAAGAAGGAAACUACUAUCAUACUUUUAAUACUACCAUAUACUUUGUGUGA